AUGUUACCCCGAUGGAAAGUCUUCGUGUCGCUCGUUACGAUUGGUCUGCUGCUCGUACCAUGUCACUGCAACCUGCCACCAGUGUUCACCCAGGACAUGAACAAUCUCGCCCUGUCCGAGCAAACACCGGUCGGGACGGUCGUGUACAAGCUCGAAGGCUACGACCCCGAGGGCGGUAACGUUUCGUUCGGUUUGAUCGGAUCGGAUAACUUCAUCGCCGAUCCCAUCUCGGGCGAUGUGCAGGUGAUCAAGGAGCUCGAUCGUGAGGCGCAGGAUACGCUAUCCUUCUCGGUUUCGAUUCGAGAUCGAGUUAGCACCACCGGCAUUGAGUCAGAGAAUGAUAACAUCGUCAACGUUCCGAUCACUAUCAUUGUGCUGGACGAGAAUGAUAACCCACCGGAGUUUCAGAACGUACCGUACGAGACGGAAGUGCUGGAAAAUGCUCAACCCGGUACCACCAUAUUCGACGGCAUUCUCGUAACGGACCGGGACACGGUCGGGGAAAACCUGGACGUAUCCUGCAUACCGCAGCCACAGAAUCCGGACGCAUGCGAAAAGUUUGCCAUCGAGGUGACGGAGAGUCAGCAGGAUCGGUUGACGGCGGCGGUGGUACUGAAGGAACCGCUCGACUACAACGAUCGGAUGAUCUACCAGGUGCUGCUGGAUGCUAGCGAUGGGCUGUACAAUGCUUCCGCCGGGCUGGAGAUUCAUGUGCGCGACGUCCAGAAUGCACCGCCCGUGUUCCAGGGUUCGCUGGCCGCGGUCAUCAACGAGGACAGUCCAAUCGGUACGCUGGUGAUGGUGAUUCAAGCGCGCGACGGUGAUCGUGGUCAGCCGCGCAAGAUAGUGUAUGAGCUGGUGACGAAUCCGAUGGAUUACUUCCUGCUGGACAAACACACCGGUGAGCUGCGCACGGCGAAACCGCUCGACAAGGAAGCACUGCCGGAUGAUACCGGACUAAUCAUACUCACGGUUAAAGCUCGCGAGGUGGUGGAUGGCGUACCUGGGAACGACAAUCUGACGGUCGCCACCACCCAAGCAUCAAUAACGAUACGCGACGUGAAUGAUUCACCGCCGAUGUUCAACAAAACGGAGUACUUUGUGUCGCUGUCGGAAAACACCGCACCGGGUACGCCGCUGCCGCUGGAGAUCAGUGUGCGCGACCCGGACGUGGGCGAGAAUGCGGAAUUUUCGCUUCGCCUCAACGACGUCUCGAACGUGUUCGACGUCGAACCGAAGCUGGUCACGGGCUCGUCGCAGAUAAGCAUCCGCGUCGCCAAUGGCACACUCGACUACGAGAAUCCGAACCAGCGCAAGUUCAUCGUGCUGCUGAUAGCGGAAGAGACCAGAACGCACCCGAAGCUAUCGUCGACGGCCACGCUCACCGUGUCAAUAACGGAUGCGAACGAUAAUAGGCCCAUCUUCGAGCAGGAUUCCUACUCCACGACCGUAUCCGAGACGGCCCAUCCGGGGCAUCUGAUAGCGACGAUCACGGCGCGGGAUCUAGAUUCGGGUCUGUACGGCGAUCAGGGCAUACGGUACUCGCUGUCCGGCACGGGUUCGGAGCUGUUUGCCGUGGACGCCAUUACCGGUGCCAUCUCGGUGGCCGAUUGUCCGGUGCCGGUGGCCGGUUCGCAACCGGCGGAUGGAUUGGUGGUGCGGCGACGCCGCCGCCAAAUACCGACCCUUUCCGAUCUGCAGCGCGACUAUCCGGACCGGAACCAGCUGAACGCGUCGGCCCGGGGCGUCGAGUACAUGACGUACCGCAUUGUCAACAGUGGCGAAUCAAACGAGUUUCACGACGUCAACGUAAUCGCACCGCCGACAAUAUCGACACUGUACGAUAGCUUCGAAUCGACGACGGUGGACGCGUCGGACGGCCCGGACCCGCCGACCACGGCCCACAUCGAGCCGCUGCACACGAACGAUAUACAACACCCGCGGCAACCGGUUGGCCCGGGUAAGGCGCCCUGUUUGGACUACGAAACCCAAUCGGUGUACUACCUUUCCUACCGGGCGACCGACGACGAAGGCCGUGGGCAAACAUCCGUCGUAUCGGUACGCAUCAGUUUGCUCGAUGCAAACGAUUCGCCGCCGGUGUGCGAAAGCCCACUCUACCGGGCAUCGGUCGACGAAGGUGCGGCCGUGUUCGAGCCACCGCUCAUCAUUAGGGCACGGGAUCCGGAUGUCGUUUCCGAAAUCAACUACCGCAUCAUCGGUAACGAGGCCGUCACGCGGCAUUUCGAAAUCGAUAAACGCACCGGCCAGCUGACGAUAUCGAAAUCGGUUGCGCUCGAUGUGAACCAUCUGAAGUCGGAAAAUGUGUUCUUUGGCGUCGAGGCUACCGACGGGCUGUACACGACGCUCUGCAAUGUGAACAUCACCAUCCGAGAUGUUAAUAACCACGCACCGCAGUUUGCUCGGGAAAACUAUCUCACCUCGAUCGAGGAAAACUUUCCAAUCGGAACCAUAGUUGAGCGCUUACAAGCCAUCGAUUUGGAUACCGGCAUAAAUGCGGAGAUCAGAUAUCGCAUCCAGCAGGGUAGCUUCGAUGACUUUACCAUCGACAAUACGACCGGUGUGGUGAGCAUCGCACGCAAGCUAGACUACGAUCGGCGCAACACGUACCAGAUGGAGAUCGUUGCCUCGGACUCGGGCACACCGAGCCUAUCCGGCACGACAAUGCUGACGGUGAGCAUCAUCAACAGCAACGAUAAGGCACCGUACUUUACGCCCACAACGCAACGGGCCGAGGUGAGCGAGGACGCACCGAUUGGGACGCUGGUCCACACGCUCGUGGCCGUUGAUCCGGAUGUGGCCUCGAGCGAAUCGCUGGACUAUGCCGCUACGGAACCGAUUACGGCGGUGGACAAGAACGGGAAGGAGGUCGGCGAGAUGGAAGACUUCAAGGAUAUGUUUAUGAUCGAUCGUUCGGGCAAGGUGUACGUUAAUCGGCGUUUGCUCCGGGAUAGCUUUGCGGUCAUCCGUAUCACCGUACUCGUCACGGAUACGACGGCUCCAUCGAUUCAACAGGGCGAAGGAUUACUCAUUAUCACAAUUACGGACGUGAACGAAGAGCCACCGCUCUUUGCACCACCAUGGACACCGGAGAAUCCGCACUACCAGUACCAAGUGGUAGAGGAGCAGCCAAUCGGCACCAUCCUGACAACGGUGCAAGCAACAGAUGCCGACUCAACGAUUGCCGAGUACCGGAUGACGGAAAACAGCUUUUUCGAGAUUCACAACACCACAGGACUGGUGCGGAGCAAGGCGCGGAUUGACUACGAGGUAGCGCCGGUGAUAAAGUUCAACGUGUCCGUCGUCGAUACGGGCGUGCCGCAGCUUACCUCAACGGCCCAGUUCACGGUGGACGUAGUGAACACGAACGACAACGAUCCAGAGUUCGAACAGGCCGAGUAUAUGCUGCAAGUGCGAGAAAACAGCCCGGUCGGGACGUUGGUCGGUGUGGUGCGGGCCCACGAUGCCGAUGCCGGUCUGUACGGUCAGCUGACGUACACGAUCGUGGGCGAUCACAGUGCGAACUUUGGGAUCGAUCCGGACACUGGCGCCAUCACGGUCCACAACGCAUCCGCACUCGAUCGGGAAGCGGAGCAGGAGGUCAGCCUGACGGCGAUUGCAACGGAUCGUGCACCGGAAGGAAUGCGACGGUCCACUACGGCCCCGGUCCAGAUACGCAUACUGGACGAGAACGAUAAUGGGCCAACUUUUUCGCAGCAGAUCUACCAUGCAACGGUGGCGGAAAAUGCGGCACUCCAUCCACCGGCAGCCAUACUGCAGGUAAUGGCGACGGAUCCGGACGAGGGAGCAGCAGGAGACGUUAAGUACGCCAUACUGUCGGAUAAUGUCGGGGGAAUUUUCCGGCUGGACGCUAACUCGGGCAUCCUUUAUCCCGGGGCUAGUUUAAUUGGAAAAAGCGGUCAGUACCGCAUCGAUAUAGAGGCGCGCGAUGGAUUAGGUUCGGGACCGCACAACGAUGCAGCCACAAUAGUGAUCGAAAUCCAGAGCAUCAAUCAGCAUCGUCCCGUGUUCAUCAUGCCGGCACUCUACAAUGCGACGGUCGAAAUUCCGGAGAAUCUAGCCACUCCCGAUUAUUUGGUGAUGACUGUCAAAGCGACCGACAAUGAUUCCGGAUCGAACGGUAAAGUGCUAUACUAUCUCCAGGUGAACAGUGUAAAUGUGCAGGAAACGGGAGAGUUUAGCAUAAACGAAAUGUCCGGUGAGUUACGCAUCCGCCGUCAGUUGGACCGGAAGCGCCAGUCACGGUACGAGCUGAUACUGGUUGCCCGCGACCAGGGCACGCCCGCCUGGUUCGAAACGUUGCGCUUCCUCACGGUGCUGCUGGUGGACGUGAACGAAAACUAUCCCGAAUUUCCGGACGCCUCGAAUCCGUACAAAUUCUACAUCACCGAGAAUGGGGCGCGUGAUGUGCGGAUCGGCAAAAUACAGGCGUUCCUAGAUAGUCCCAAUCCGGCCAUCUUCUACUACAUGCUGCUCGGCAACGAGGAUGGUGCGUUCUACGUGGAUAAGACGAGCGGUGACCUGUACACGAACCGGUCCAUCGAUCGGGAGGAAAACGACAUGUACGUGCUGUACGUGCUCGCCAGCAAGCAGCCCGAUUUGUACGUGAGCGAACAUGAGCGGGCGCUGCUGUCGAUGGAACAGCUGGAGCGGAACGCCACCGUGGCAAAGGUGUGGGUCCACGUGCUGGACAUCAACGAUAACCCGCCGGUGUUUAAGCGGGACGUGUACUAUGCCGGCAUCAGCUCGAAGGCUUCGAUCAACGAGCUGGUCACGAUCGUUAAUGCGACCGAUCGGGAUUUGGGUGUGAACGCUACGCUGGACCUGUUCAUACGCGGGUCGUAUCUGUACAAGUACGGUGCUAGCAAGACGACGGGCAGCAUCGUACCGAGCCCGUUCGCUAUCUCGAAGGAGGGCCGUGUGGUGACCGCCAACUACAUGGCGGAGUACAACCAGGACCGGUUCGUGCUGGAGAUUGCGGCGAAGGAGGUCGAAUCGCCGGAACGCGAAGCGGCGGCACGCGUGCACGUGUGGAUCUUCAAUCCGGAGCAGCUGGUGCGCAUGAUACUGUCCCGUCCGCCGUCCGAGGUGCACCAGGAUCGGGACGAGAUCGUGUCGGAGCUGGGCAACGCAACGCAGCGGCUCAUCAUUGUGGAUGAAAUUCGCUACCAUGUGGACAGCCUCGGGCGCAUCCGCAUGGACUGGUGCGAUAUGUACUUCCACGCGGUUGACAUGACGACGCAGAUGAUCGUGCCGGUCGAGGAAAUUCUGCGCGAAAUCGAUGCCAAAUACGAUUUUCUUCAGGAUUAUAACGCUGGAUUCUCGAUACUGAACGUGGUACCGGCUUACGCCACAACUGCGCAGGACGAGUUUGACCUAGCUUUGGCAGCGUUGAUUGCGCUUUUGGUUGUGUUGUUCGUGGGAGCUGUUAGUUUCAUCGUACUUUGCUGCUGUCUGAAACAUUGGUCUAUCUCGAUACCCAGCGAAACGAGACGUAAGGAUGCGCUUAUCAAAAAGCAAAUUAUAGAAGAUUUAAAUACGACCGAAAAUCCCCUGUGGAUUGAACAAAAGCUAAAGCUCUACGAAGAGCAGGAGCUCACGAUGCAGGUAUUUUCCGAGCCGGAAAUGUCCCAGCAGCAGUCGAUGAACAACUCGAACAGCGCCAACAGCACCCAAGACCCAUCCUCGCAGCUGUCGCUGACGCUCGGGCUUGACCAUCACCAUCAGCUGCAUCAUCAGCAGACGCCACCGCAUCUGUCCCAGCAUCGGAGAGAUUCGUACGAUCUGUCACAGGCGGGUGAUAACACGUACGCCACCAUACAGCCGCGCAACUAUGGCACCAACAAUCUGAGUACGGUGCUGGGCAGUUCCAUGGUACCGCCCGGCGGUUUAAGCUCGUCCGGUGUUACGAGCACCAGCGCGACAAGCUCGAGUGAAGUCGCCGACUACGCUACGUUGCGCAACAGUCGGGCUCCUUCGCAGCUGUUCGAAUUCCGGGGUUCCACGUUUCAGGUGCAACAACCUGGCGGUACGGAUCAACCCGAUUACGUGACGGAGCUUAUGUAGGUUGCAUCGGCGGGAUCGAGCUUGCUCCAUCGUAGUGUAGUAGAAUAACUAAUAAGUAGGGUUUUUGUAGUGUUCUUUUACUCUGACCUUCUAUACAUUCCAAGAAGUCAUAGGAGUGGUAGGGAAUUCGCACAGAGGAGAACUGGAGUAGUCGUAAGCUUGGUGGAUCGUAAAAGAACCCGUCAGCGACCUGGACGGUGACGGUAGCAUAGGAGAUCCAAGGGUCUAAAACGCACGAGUUCAAAUCCCCUGAACGUACACCGAAAAGGAUGGCCAGGAGGAUGAAGACAGAAACAAGACUUAAGCAAACCUUGAUGACGCACAAGCUCAUGGCUGAGCGAAUUACGAGAUUACAUGAUAGAGACAAUAAAUAGAUUUUAUUGAGCUGGGUCGAUUUGGCAGGGAACGCCUUCGGGACAGAUUGAAAAACCCAGAACAACAAAAAAAAACCGGUUCGACGGCAUACGGACGCUUGCACCUUUCCUUGGAAAUCCUUUUUUGCGUUCCCUUCCAACAUUCGUUCACCCCUCUUUGCCGAUCGUAUGAGGGGCAUUAUGGAUGCUUCUAUCAAUUAAUUUAUUUUUAAUCAUUAUCACACCAUUACCUCUAUCCAGAAUUAAUCAUUCUUUUGAUGGACCAUUUACGAGCGUCCCCGGGCGUGUGCA